AGUGUGACAAUAUUCCAAAUUCACUCUCCUAAAACAAAAAAUAUAUACACACCAAAAGCUUUGUGAUGAAUCAGACGUAUGCUUUUCAUAUUAAUGAGGACAUAAAGCAUGGAGCACUGUUUUAGCUCACCAUAGCUAACCUUGUCUGUCCAUGCCUGUGAUUAUCAGCAUUACCGCAGAGAUGGGGUGUCAUGUCAUUCUGGGCGGACAUGUUGGUGGAGAAGAGAGCAGGAAGCUUUGACAGACAGCGAGCACCCGUCUCAUUUAGAUAGCAGAGCAGCUCAGAGUACAGCAACCACCAGACCACGAUGGAGCCCUGCGUCAAAGGUACACAGUGGAUGAUACUCAUUCUCCUCAUGCCACCAUUCAUUAAUGGCAACAUGGGUUGCCUUGAAGGUUGUUGGUGCAAAUCCUUUGGUCACUUCAACUGCAGCGACCGCAAUGGCAUAGAUGUGCUGCAGCAGCUGACUAUCCACACGUACACUCUGCUGCUCAACAAGGCAAACAUGAGCAUCAUUAAUGAGACGACCCUGGCAGAAAAGAGUCUUCUGAUGCGCUUUGGUCUCACCAACAGUCACCUGCACACCAUCCAUCCUUUGGCCUUCCGUGCAGCGCCUCAGCUCAAGUCAGUCAUGCUCACAGACAAUGAUCUAUCCACCCUUCCUGUUCGGGUGUUCAGUCCUCUCACCAUGGUGGAGGAGAUUUACUUAGAUGGGAACCAGCUGGAGAUCAUUGGUCCCGAUAUGUUUGAGGGACUCAGUGGGUUGCUGGUUCUGAGUCUGAGCCGGAAUAAGAUCAGAAACCUUCCCUCUGACAUGUUUGACGGACUUACCAACCUCUUUCUUCUGAACCUGGGUAGGAACAACAUAAAGAAGCUGGCUCCAACAAUGUUUCACUCCCUGACCAAACUUAAGCGGCUCCGGAUCUACCACAACGAGCUGGAGGUGUUGGAGGUGGGGAUCUUUGAUCGGCUUGUGAACCUCGAAGCGCUGAAUCUCCAACACAACCAGAUAAAAACUAUUCCACCUCGAGUGUUCUGGUCACUGGGGAACCUGAGAGAACUCACCAUGUCCUCCAACCAUCUUAAGGGUGUCCCUCACAAGAGCUUCUACAACAUGCCCAAGCUGAAAAAGUUCACAAUUUACAGCAACCCCCUGUUGUCUUUACCAGAGGAAUUGAUGGGCCACAUGCCGUACAUUACACAGUUUUAUCUGUACGAUACCCACCUCACCACUGUUCCUGGAAAUCUGUUCGCCAACAUGUCCGGUCUGCAGGAUCUGAGCUUUCAUUUAAAUGACUGGCUGAGGUACUUACCACCUGAUCUUUUCUGCUGUCUGCCAAAUCUUAAAAAGCUCUCCCUGAGAAACAACAGCCUUCAGGAUCUACAUCCUAAUCUUUUUUCCAUGCUAACCACACUGGAAACCCUCUACCUCCACAACAACAAAUUGAAGACCCUACCUGAGAGCAUUUUUCAGAAACUUACAUUACUUGUGACCAUUGAUUUGAAAAACAACAAUCUCAAUACACUUCCUGGAGAUAUUUUCUUGUCAAAUACAGAUUUGAAAGCUCUUACUCUGAGUGGCAACCCCUGGGAUUGUAGUUGCACCAUAAGAGGAUUUGCAAGGUGGAUCAGACAAAAUGAGCAUGUUGUUCUUGACAAAGACGACGCUAUAUGUCACAGUCCGAUGUACAACUUGCUCCGUGGUCUCCACUCUCUGCAUGAAGAUGAAUUCAAUGAUUGUGAUGACAACAGAGAUUACACUUCAGUCACUCCGAUAAAGAAAUCAACCACCUUAGAAACCACAACCUUCUCAGUGGAGGUUUACACCACAGCCUCCAGCCAGCCUGACAAAAGCACCAAAGCUUCACAUGUUUUUCAUGACAUGCUGGUGGUUGAACAGGGGCCUGCUUAUGUUCAUCACAACUUCCACAAUGGCUGGGUGUACGUGUGGUUUCUGCCCUUCGGUUCAGCUUUGGUUGGAUCCAUGAUGUUUUGUUUUGUCCUUCUUUUAGCCGUGGGUUUGGUCCUCAUUCUCGCUACCAUAUAUGGCAUCUAUCGUCUCGGCACAGCCAUGGACCAGCUGAAGGCUGGGUGUGCACAUUAGGAGGAAGCCUGGUACACACUUGAAGAUAAACGAUCCCUUUCCACAAGCAUUUCUUUCUAAAUGACUGCUGUAGUUUGCUGCCUUCAUUGCUAACGUGCUUUAAUGAUUUAGGAGACCUGAAACAGGCUUCAAAAGGUCAUACAUUAAGUUCUUGUAUUGUAAAAAGUAAAAACAGAUUUACAAAGUGUGCUAGAAAAACACAUGUAAAGUAAGGAAAACAUGAAUAUAGCUGGUUGCUCAUGUAAAGAUACAAAUAACAAAAGAAUUUUGAUCAAAUCUAUUUAUGUCUUUGGUUGUUUCAUGGCUAUUCAAUAAAAUUUGUUUAAUUUCUCCCCCUUACCCGUUUUUUUAUCUGUAUGCUUUUUUUAUUUUUCAUUUAGCAGUUUGCAUGUUAUUAUAUCAAUCACAUGUAAAAGGUCUAAUAAAGCUAACCACAUUUGACUACCAAGUAUUCAUAAUCUCCAAAGCAGAACUGAAUUAUUGCAUUACCUUUUUAUCAAGAAAUGAACUACCAGAAACAAGAGAUGAAAGAAAUAAAAAUUA